UCCCGGCGCCCGCGGCCCGGCGGAAAGACCGGAGGCGCCCCGAGUCCCGGGAGGUGGACUUGGCACCCCCGGCCCCGCGGCCCGGGCGCCCCCUCCCGCCCCUUCCGGCAUGGAGUCCGCGGGGCGCGCGCAGGCGGCGCGGGACCGCGUCCCCAGGAUCGAUCCGUACGGGUUUGAAAGGCCUGAGGACUUUGAUUAUGCAGCUUAUGAAGAAUUUUUUUCCACCUAUCUGGCGAUACUCACCAGAAGAGCCAUAAAAUGGUCCAGACUUCUAAAGGGAGGCGGUGGUGUCCAGAAGAGUAUGACGCCGAGCUAGAGGUACCAGGGCUGCUGGCCUCCAGACCGUGCUCAGCUUGGGGACGGAGAGCGGAAUUCUGUAAUGAGCGCGUGUAUCAGUUUGGUGGAGUGAAGCGCUACAUCCGGAAGGGCGUCCCGCUGGAGCACCGGGCCCGCGUCUGGAUGGGGGUGAGCGGAGCCCAGGCCCAGAUGGACCGGAACCCCGGCUACUACCGCCGUCUCCUCCAGGGAGAGAGGGACGACAGCCUGGAGGAGGCCAUCAGGACAGACAUGAACAGGACCUUCCCUGACAACGUGCGGUUCCGGAAGGGCUCGGAGCCCUGCUUGCAGAGGACCCUAUACAACGUGCUGCUGGCCUACGGGCACCACAACCGUGGCGUGGGCUACUGCCAGGGAAUGAACUUUAUAGCGGGGUAUCUGAUUCUGGUGACAAGGAGUGAAGAGGAGUCCUUUUGGCUGUUGGACGCCCUUGUUGGCAGAAUACUCCCGGAUUACUACAGCCCCUCGAUGCUGGGCCUGAAGACGGACCAGGAGGUCCUCGGGGAGCUGGUGAGGACCAAGCUGCCGGCGGUGGCGGCCCUGAUGGACAGUCAUGGCCUGCUGUGGACCCUGGUCGUGUCGCGCUGGUUCAUCUGUCUGUUUGUGGACGUCCUGCCCGUGGAGACCGUGCUUCGCAUCUGGGAUUGUCUGUUCAACGAGGGCUCCAAGAUCAUCUUCCGGGUGGCGCUGACCCUCAUCAAGCAACAUCAGGCCUUGAUCUUGGAAGCCACCAGCGUCCCUGACAUCUGUGAGAAGUUCAAGGAGAUCACCAGAGGGAGCUUCGUGACCGAAUGCCACACCUUCAUGCAGAAAAUCUUCUCGGAGCCUGGGAGCCUGUCCAGGGCUGGCAUUGCCAGGCUGAGGGAGCGUUGCCGGGCCCGGCUGCUGGCGCAGGGCUGACACGGCCUUCAGGGCACCGGGCCGCCACCCGCCUUGUGCUGCCGACACACGACACACGCCGCCUCCACACUCCAGCCGGGAGCGAUUUGUCAUUCUGUAACAUAGCUCUUCAAGUCUAGCUCUUCGUGUUUCUAAAUAUAUAUUUUUACCUGAGACACGUAAUAUAUACAA